AUUUUCACAACUUUCAUAUGUCAUUUGAUUUGGUGACAGAUUAUAAAAUAAAUAAUAAACAUGGCGGGGCUGGUAAGAGCUGGAGUUUCUUUUGCAAAAAAUGCAGUAUUCUCCACAGCCGUACGCUCAAUAGCCACAACAAAACCCCUAUGUUUAAAGGAAAUUCGUGAGAAAACUGAGGGCGCAACGUUGGUUGUUGAAGCAGUUUCUGUGCCGUCACCUCGCACGGAGCUUUUGAUUCGAGCUGAGAAUCUAACUCCAAAGGAGAAUGCAGUCGAGAGUUCAGAGAAGCCACCGUGCUACAUGUGUGCACUGGGGCUCGAUGUGAAACACACCGAUGUCCUGAUUCUGAGCCAGUUCGUAAGAUCGGAUGGCUGUAUGCUACCUCGUAGGAUUACUGGGCUGUGUCGCAGACAGCAGAAGAAAAUGGGCAAAUUGGUUACUAUGGCGCAGAAAGCUGGUCUUAUGAUCAACUUGACACCGGACAACUGCAAUAAAGACCCAAGGAAAAGAAGAAACCACAAAAAGUUCAACACAUACUUUGAUGAGCGAACUAUAUUUAUGAAGAAGAUUCCCAAGCCUGUAGAUAGAUUCAAGCGAUAAUUUAAAUAAUAUAAAUAAAGCGUGUAAUUAGUUA